CCCAGAGCAAGAUGUGACCUCACAGCCUCCCUGCUCCCUAGUUGCUCCAGCGCUCCUGACCAAGUGGCCAGACUGGCUUGUCCCAGAGCCAUGGCAAAGAAUGGACUUGUCAUUUGUAUCCUGGUGGCCAGCUUACUCCUGGACCAGACCAAUAGCUACCCAUCCAGAGUGAAAGCCAGGAAACACAGCAAACGCCGUGUGAAAGAAAAGGAUGGUGACCUGAAGUCUCAAGUGGAAAAGUUGUGGCGGGAAGUGAAUGCCCUGAAGGAGAUGCAAGCUCUGCAGACAGUCUGUCUUCGAGGUACCAAAGUUCAUAAGAAAUGCUACCUUGCUUCAGAAGGCCUGAAGCACUACCAUGAAGCCAAUGAAGAUUGCAUUUCCAAGGGAGGAACCCUGGUUGUCCCCAGGAAUUCUGACGAAAUCAACGCCCUCCGAGACUAUAGUAAGAAGAGUCUGCCAGGUGUCAAUGACUUUUGGCUGGGCAUAAAUGACAUGGUCACAGAAGGCAAGUUCCUUGAUGUCCAUGGAUUCGCUGUCUCCUUUCUCAACUGGGACCGGGCCCAGCCAAGUGGUGGCAAGCGGGAAAAUUGUGUUCUAUUCUCCCAGUCAGCUCAGGGAAAAUGGAGCGAUGAGGCCUGUCGAAGUAGCAAGAGGUACAUAUGUGAGUUUAUCAUCCCUUAGCAAGUCCCUCCCAAAUAUCCCUUCCAACUAAAGCUGGUCAUGAUAAGUAAGCUGGUAGUCACCCUAAAUAAGCCAAAUUACAUUUAUUAAUUGCAAGAUUGCAAUGCAAGUAUUGAUAACCAUAGGUUUAUAGAGUCAGACCAUGUUUCUACUGUAGCUCAUUAUGGUGUUACCUUCAUGUAGCUAAGGGGAUCAGAAAAGAAUGACAUGGUAAGAAAGGGACUUCUGAAUAUGGGUUGUCAAAUCCUUUUCCCACCUUCCCUGUCUAUCUCAGGUGGAUAGACCUGGCCUAUUUGAAAAAUAUAAUAGCUAUGUGUUUCUUCAAGACAGAAAAGCAAGACUGGGAUGCCUGGAAGAUUUCUCUUUAAAAUUUAGUCAUGCUAGAAAUACAUGUUGAGAAAUAUGUCCUUGGUUGAUUUUCUGGUUGUAUGGACAUUGUAGUGUGCCCUACAUGAACUCUAUGUUGUAGGGCAAAACUCCAGGUGGCUUCUAAAUGCCCCAAGAUGUAUAGUAGACAAAAGCUGUGUGAGCAUUCUGCUGGCCCUACAUGGAAGGCUUUCACAGUAUACGUCUUUUCCUAAGUACAAACACAUAAUAAAACAACAGUUGAAAACACAGCAGAGUAUACUGUCUUUCCAUUACUAUAAGAUAUUGACACAGACAUGUGUGAAACAAAGUGAGGUUUAUUUAGUGUGUAGUUUCAGUGGCUCAAAGUCAAAGAUUAAACAGUCCUAGUGAAUUGGCCAAUGGUGAGGGUGGCAGACCAUUAGCAAGAACUAGUGGUAGCAUCUAAAACAAGAGCAGAAACAGAGAUGAUAAGUAGGAUCUCCUUUCAGAGGAGUGUUCCUAGUCACCCAAAGACAUCCUAGACAGAUCCACCUCCUUAAGGUACACAAUACCUUUCAAACUUGUCACAUCAGGAUCCUUGAGGGAACAAAACAAUCAAAUGACCUUCAGCUAUAGUGCACGAUAAACAUAAAAACAACACACUCAUUUAUCAUAGUUAAUCAAGUAUUACAUGCUGUGCCGAGUCAUUGUGUUAAACUUUACGACUAGUGGUGUGCAAGGUUUGUUUUUAGUACUGUCACCAAGGACACACAUAGUGCUACAUGUAAUUUGCUACAUGAGAAUAUCAAAAAUGUUUCUAGGCAAAAAAUUUUUCAGCUCCAUCACAGCCCUUGGGACAACCAUCAAACAUGGAGUCUAUUACUGGUCAAAAUAUUGCACAGUACAUGCGUAUAUUUGAUUGAUAAGAAUGUCCUACGUCCGAGAUUCUAGGUGCUAUGUGAUGCAAACCUUUUUAGCACGAUGCUUGAUUUCAUCCACCCUGUUAGCCUAUGGUCCUUGCCUUCAGAUGCCACAUCCCCUGGUGUGACAUGGCUCCUGUCUGCCACAUCGGAGCAGGGAUGUCUGAAGAGGUUCUCAUCUAACUCUUCAAAUCCCCCAACUCCAGCUUUCUUGGAGGUUCCCAGUCAAGACUGCACACCCAAAGUGGGUGAGCAUAUUUGAUGAAUGUCUGCUCUCAGCAGUCUACAACUGCUUCUAGCCAAUGAACAAAGCUGAGGUAGGAGAUGGGCAGCAGGUGGUGAAGACAAAGAACUUAGAGACAGCAAGGCAGGGCGGAGGGGGGGGUGCAGUUCAGUGGGUAGAGUGUUUGUCUAGCAUGUGAGAAGACCUGGGUUCAAAGUGAAAAGGACUCAAGCCUAUAAUACCAGCUCUGGGGAGGUGGAGGCAAAAGGGUUAGGAGUUCAAAGUCAUGCUCUACCAGCUGAACUGGAUGAGGCCCUAUUUAGAGGACAACAAAAGAAAUGAGUCCCUUUCCUUUCACUUACAUAUCCUUACAGUCUCCUUUUAUAUGUGAUAACAAUAUUUUUCACUUUCUUUACAUAUAUAUUUCUUCAAUUACCAUUAUGUAUUUCACUCUAUGAGGGGCAAUUUGUCAUUAGAAGUUGAAAGUUGGACUUAAAUAACACUAUUUCAGAGUAACACAUGUGUGCAGUUUUUUUAUUCAAUGCUAUUUCCAUUAAAUUGCUUAACUCGAUUUUACAAAAAUAACCUCAUUGUUUAAAAACAGCAGCAUACAUUUAAAGCUUAGGGGAAAUGGGUUUUGUAGAAAUAAACAAUUCUGAAUAUAUUCUGCCCUUCAAAUAAAUAUCUUUUCUCUUUUGUGAAUAAUGUCCUACUCCCAAGAGCUGAAUUACAUAUGCUUAGAAUUAAAUUUUGGGUUUGUUUUAUCAUUGCACAAUAAAGCCCCAAAUCUGA